AUGAGACAAGCAAAAAACACACCAGCACAGACACCACCAGUCAAUCUCCCGAAAAUACCAACUCCGGCGCCAGGCAUAGCACCAUCACCGGUCCUGGCCCAGCAUGCUGUGAAUGGGCAUGCGUCCUCGUCGUCGGCGAGCGCGCCCAAGUUCGCAUCGCCAGAACUAUCAAAGCCUCAUACGGAUCAAUUUACAGCCAACGAAUAUGCAGAUAUAUCCAAUGCUAUCAAAAGGGCCAAGCCUAGCGUGGUUCGACACGUUGUGCGCGACAACUGGGAUCGCUGCCUAGUGGGCUCCGAGUACCACACUGCCUUUAUGCUCAAUGCCAUCCUUCAUCAGGCAAGCGAGGCGACCUUGCGCACAGCCGUCCAGGACUUUGGGGCCAAGAUGGUGCAGACAUGCAAGGGUGCCAUCAUGGUGCACAUGACCACUCGAGACAUUGAUCAGCUUGCGGAUCAAAUUCUCUCAAAGGCCAGCCCUGCAUUUCUGGACAAGGCUGUCGCGCAACGCCUGGAGACCGCAACGGCGCGUAACCUGGUCAAUGCCUUGGCCACGGCUGAACGCUUGGGGUACACCAUUGAAGACUACGUGGAGGAAAAGGGCCCGAAUAGUGAAAAGGAAACCGUCACCCCAGAUGUCCGUGGUCUGUACAAGCAAGUGCAGCAAAACAGCCAACAGUCUUCGUCAGCUAUGCCGGUACACGGGUUGCCGAAUGGUGGGCAGAACAUCUCGGUUGGCCCACAAAGGAUCUCGCUCUUGGUGUGCCCGACGUGUACACGACCCUGUAGCGGUCCACGCGCUCUGGAAUACCACCAAAGGAAGGGGGUUUGCCGCGAUGCGUUCGACAUUGCCAAGGUUGGCAAGACGGCCUGCCCACACUGCGGCCUUAGUUUCGGCUCCCCUCACGGCACGAAAUACCACACCAAAAGCCAAGUUUGCGGCGAGUACGACGCACAGGUAGAGCAGGCAAUGUGGCAAGCACUACAGGAAUAUGCCCGCCGCGCGACAUCGGCGCCGUCGACGUGGGCCACGGCAGCUGUUGGGCAAAUGACGCCGCAGGGGCAGGCGACCCAAUCGCCGAAAUUGCCUCCAUCCUCUUCACAAACGCCCGUGCCCAUGCGCACAGCCGCGGACGCACACAAGGCCACGCCCAAGACUCCCGGCGCCGUCGAGGACCCCUAUGCUCAUCUUGACCCGAAAACUCUCAAAGCGUGGACCGAGGAGCGGCUGUCGAUAGAGGAGAAGUAUGGCGUGGAGAUACGCAAUGCCAUGCAGCUUCCUGAGCCUGAGGCCACUGAUGAGCUUAUCAAGAUCAAGAACCGAUAUAACACGAAGCAGAGCGUUACCCGCAAGAAGUAUGGCAUCCGACUGAAGGAGCGUCGCCCGGUAGCAGAGGUAGACGCUGAGCGAUGCCGCCUGCUCCAAACGCCAAAUGCCCUAGAGGUAUGGGCUGACCAGGAAAGAAAAGAGCGGUUAUUCAAGUCAGGGAAUAUCCAGGCCGUGAUCGACGCCGAUAAUAAUGCCGGGCGGCCUGCCAAGAGAGCGCGCUUAGAUCCGCCUGUUGAAUCUCCUCGUAAGAUGGCCUCCCUCUCCGAGAUGGGCGGGCUCGGAGCUUCAGCGGCGUCAGCAGAGACGGUCGAUCCAACGGCGCAGCCACCGCAGCAGACCACACCAAGCAGGCUCUACGCCAAUCGCCCGAAACCUUCGCCGCUUGGUCAGCCACAACCGCGGCCCGUGGGCGCCCAGGAUCAGCCCGUCUCCAUCGCCUCGAGCGAUUCGGAGGAGGAAAGUGACUCGGACAGGGAUAGCAGCAGCGAUGACGAUGAUGAAGACAUUCCUGCUCAGUAG